AUGUCCGAAGGCGAGAAGGUCCGCACCUCCGGCGAGUCGCCGCGCGAGCAGGCCCUGCCCACCGUCAACCCCUCGGCGGAGAAGCAGGAGCCUCCCAAGGCUACUUUCCACCCCGCUGUCUACGUGACAGUCUGGAUCACCUUGAGUUCCACUGUCAUUCUUUUCAACAAGCAUCUCCUCGACUACGCCAACUUCCGUUUCCCUAUCAUCCUCACAACAUGGCAUCUGUCCUUCGCUACAAUCAUGACCCAAAUUCUGGCCCGCUUCACCACCGUCCUGGAUGGCCGCAAGACCGUUAAAAUGACCGGUCGAGUCUACCUGCGCGCCAUUGUCCCAAUCGGUCUGAUGUUUAGUCUGAGCUUGAUCUGUGGUAACAUGACAUAUUUGUACCUGAGUGUUGCUUUUAUUCAGAUGCUGAAGGCUACCACUCCCGUCGCCGUCCUCUUCGCUACCUGGGGAAUGGGCAUGGCUCCCGUCAACUACAAGGUCUUGAUGAACGUCUCCAUGAUUGUCUUUGGUGUCGUGAUUGCCUCCUUCGGAGAGAUCAAGUUCGAGCUGGUUGGUUUCCUGUUCCAGCUCGGUGGUAUUGUCUUCGAGGCCACUCGCCUGGUCAUGGUGCAGCGUCUGCUCAGCUCGGCCGAGUACAAGAUGGACCCCAUGGUCUCUCUGUACUACUUUGCUCCCAUCUGUGCUGUGAUGAACGGUGCUGUUGCCCUGUUCCUGGAGAUCCCUCACGUCACCAUGGACCAUGUCUACGGUGUGGGUAUCUGGACUCUGCUUGCCAACGCCAUGGUGGCUUUCCUGCUGAACGUCUCCGUGGUGUUCCUGAUCGGCAAGACCUCGUCUCUGGUCAUGACCCUGUGCGGUGUCCUGAAGGAUAUUCUGCUUGUGGCUGCCUCCAUGAUGAUCUGGAACACCCCUGUGACUGGCCUCCAGUUCUUCGGUUACUCGAUUGCCCUCAUCGGUCUUGUCUACUACAAGCUCGGUGGUGACAAGAUCCGCGAGUACACUGGCCAGGCCAACCGCACCUGGGCCGAGUAUGGCAACACCCACCCCGCUCAGCGCAAGUUCGUCAUCUUCGGUGCUGCGGCCCUGAUCUUCUUCCUCUUCGUUGGAUCGAUGGCUCCCAGCUACGCCCCCGAGCAGGUUGAUCGUUUCAAGGGCAUGCUUGGUGGGGCCACCGCAGGCAAUGCUUAA